AGUGUCUUUUCGAAUUCAUCAUGAUGUGUAAUAAAAAAUUCAUUAGAUGUCCAGAGAUUUGAAGUAGCUUUCAGCACUUACUCCUCAAAGCAAGCAUGCCAGCAGUACUUUGAAACUUAGAUUCUGUCAGAACUGAAGCUCUGACAAGAUACAUUGUAAGUGGAAAAGGCUUGUGGAUGUGUUGGGUGAGAGUGACAUUCAGAUCUUUAUAUUAAAUCCUUCCAAACUUUAGUUAGGAGCAACAUUCGGGACUUCUUUUCAGAGUGAUGUUGCUCUCAGACAUCCUGCAUAAAUGAAUGAUUAUGAAGCUUUUAGACUUUGAGGGGGGAUGAGUAAUCAACACCUGGCUGGUUGGAUUUGCUUCUCAUAUCAGGAGACUUCUGUAUGUUCUGCUGCUGCAGUCAUCCUUUUGUUUGUUUCAGACGCUGGCUGUUCCAUCUCUUGCUCUAGAGCUUUUGCCAACUGUUGCAAAAGAAUAUAUGAUCUCUCCCCUUCUUUUUUCUCUGCAAGAUUUAACAUGAUGUUAAAAUGAAGAGAAUGAGCAGCCCCUUGCACCUCCUAGUAGGGUGUUUCCUCACUUUGCAAAAAGACAGGAGAAGCCUGUGUAGUAAAAGUGAAAACACAAAUGGAACAGCCAUGUGCUCUUUUUGGGACACAUCAAGUUAAUGCGUAUAUUGUGACCUGAACUUGAACAAAGAAAACAGGAAUGUGAAAUAUGGGUGGCUUAGAUGUGUAUUUUAGUAAUUACUUUGUUUCUUUACUGUUCAUCUUGCAAGUAAGUUUGUCGUCCUAGUGAAAAUCAAGAAGAAAAAAUCCUUCUGUGACCAUCUUGGUGCGUUACUUUCUGUAAAGUUCUCUCGCUUUGUUUGUACAGGCUAUUACAUCACACAAGCAGCUUGUACUUUUGUGAUGUCAGUUCAUGCUGCAUGGAUACUGUAACAUGCUAGUGAUAUACAGGGCUGUCUAUCCUUAGUGACAGCUAUCCUGAUGACGGGGAGUGCCAAGGGAAGGGAGGAAUUACGACUGGUGUUAGGCCCUGUCCUUAUAAUGGUACCAGCCUUUGUUAAGAGGAAAGCCUCAAGCUUUCCCAGUCAGUAACAACUGCAUGCUCAGGUCUUCCUCGCCUCUGCAGACCUUUAGCUUUCAGCUCAGGCUAGCUGAAACUAAUGAGAUAUUUUCACUACCUCAGUGCCAGAAUGACUUGACUCUGAAGCAGCUUAAGUCUGAUUUAGAAUUAUUGACUGGGAUCCCCUUUCAUUUCCAGCGGCUUCACUACCUGGAUGAAAUAGAUCUGCCAGACGAUUCUACGCUUAUGGACAAUGAUAUUGUCCCUGGUGGAACAAUUACAAUGCGCGUCUGGAGACAAGAUGGCUGGGGGCAUCUUGUGGCAGCUGCUGCAAAAGGAGACACGAUGAAGGUUGAUUCCAUUGCUUCUGUGAAUGGGUGGGGUGCUGUCUGUAGAAAUGCUGGAAGUGUGUUGCUGAAGACUUUUGAGUGCUUUUAUCAACUGGCCCAGUUGGGAGUUACAGAAGAGUAUGCUGGCACCUCUCCAUAUGCAAAGAUUCUGGGACCAGAGCAAAAAAAGGAGUGGGUAGCACACCGUGCUUUUGUGGCUCUGUUUGUUGCCAGCCACAGAGGUCGCGUUAACACUGUGAAGUUUCUCCUGAGUAAUGGUGCAGAUGUGCACUCUAAAACUCCGCUGGGAAGGACUGCGCUGCACGUAGCUGCUGUCAUGGGCCGCUGUGAGUGCAUUGAGCUGCUGCUGAGCUGUGGGGCACGAGCCCUCGACCCAGAUUGUGAGGGGCAAACCUCAGUGAAGUUGGCCCAGCGCUGGGGCCAGAAGCAGAGCGAGCGUGUCCUGAUGCGCGUCCCACGGCAGCCAGCUGGAGCCAGGCCUUGAUGCCGGGAUGAAGCUGUGCCACAGGCCCACGGCCAGCUGCCCUGAUAUACACAGACUGACCUGGUUCUGGCAGAUCUCUGAGGACAGUCAGUAACUUUCCCAAUGACGCACACUUUAAAUAGAGGUCACCGAGUACCAUUUGUAGGGUUUUAUUAUGAAAUAAUGUCAUAUUCCGAUGAUGCUGCAGCUAAGGUGACAGCUAGCUCAACCACAUAACCCUCGAGCGUGUGCUUUAUUUGUAAUUUAAGCUUUUUGAUAGUGCUGCUUUAAUUUCUUUGAGUUUAAAGUUGCCUUUUUUUUUACCUGUGGAUGUUGAGCUCAGGAGGUGGCAGUGGGGCCGGCAGGGGGUGUCCCAGCACUGCACUCAGCUGCAGGCAGCGGUGCUGCAUCCUCCUCUGACUGUGGUGCUCUGUCUGUCUCCAGCAUAAGGUGAUAAAUAUCCCUGACUUCUUCCUGGGAAUCGAGUACUAAAGCAAGGUUCAAAACCUUAGCCUAUGGAAGCCAGUUACUGUGGGAGAGUGUAUAGCAAACCUUAUAUGUGUUGGCAUUGAUCUGAACAAACGUGGAAUUCCUGCUAUAAUGAUGCCUUUAUAGUACUGUUUAAAGAAAGCUCACUCUCUGGUUUCCUGUUGGUUAUUAGUUCUGAUUCAAACAUACAGGUGUUGGGUAAAUGCAGUGACAAGAUCACGUUCUAUCAAAGUGAUCAAUAGACAAGAUACAAAACGGUGUUUGAUGUCUUGCUGAGCAGUUGGAUAUUGUAAGCAGGAUUAUACAGAGAAAUCUUUAGAAAUCCGUUAUUCUUUCUUUGUAUUGUCUGUCUAGACUGUCUGAUCUGUGCUUAGGCUUCUAGAAAGGAGGAAAGGAUUUGUAGUUGCUUUUAGCCAUUAUACAGCAUAACUUGGGAGAACAUAAGAAUGUCAUACACAGAGAACUGAGUGUCCUCAGGAUGAGAAUUCCAGAAAUGGUAGAAAAUUACUUAGUAUACAGUUGUGUAGUGUUGCUUGCUGGUAGCUGGAAACUCACCCUCAGAAAAGAAAAGAAAAAAAAAAACCCUAAAUGCGUUGUGGCUGGGAAAUAAGUGUACACUGAUCCAAAACUGUGGGCAAAUUAGAAGAGAAUUAACAUCUGGACAAAGCCAGCGCUGGAACAGUGUGUGCUAGUGUUUUUCUUAGUCGAGAAAGAAGAACCCAAGCUAAAGAGAGACCCCCAGAUUAACCAGAGGAAAGGAGGGAGUUUGUCCUCAGGAGAGGAUCAGGAAUAUGAGGCAUUUUGUGUUGUGGUUGUUACUUCCUCUUCUCUGUGCUACAGUACAGAAAGAGGAUCAGUCUUCAGAAGACUUUAGUGAGGACUUAUUAAUGAGCUUUGGGAUUUUCAAAUAAAGGAAGAGGCUGAUUGUUAUGAAGAAGAAAAGGUACUAAAAUGCUUUGGUUUAAUUUGGCCCAGGGCAGGACAAAUGUCACAACUGUCUCCUAAUAUUUAGGAAAUCCAAAGCAACUCUCUUGGAAGGACUGUUGGUGGCCCUGCACGUGGCAGGGGGGUUGGGGAUUCAAGAUCCUUGAGGUCCCUUCCAACUCUGGCCAUUCUGUGAUUCUGUGACUGUGACUCCCCUGAAUGUAAAAACCAAAGUUAAAUAAAGAAUGACAAGCACAGCAAUAAUUCAUCACACUUUCUUAGUGUUACAGCUCACCCCUUUCCUUGCCUGGGCAGAGACCAGUAGUGUUGCUCAGAGCCAUCACAAUGACUGCUGCUCCCUCAGAGCCUUGAGAAAGCCAAAGCUCAGCAAGCCUGACACUGGCUGCUGCUACUCAGAGGUACUUCCUGUAGCCAGUGACAGCCUUGGAUGUCUAUAGACUGUCUCCUUGGAUAUCUAUAGACUGUCACCUUUGAUAAUUCUGAAUAAUGAUAUGUUCCCCAAACAUUUCCCCUUCCUCUAGAAACAUUUCUAACUUUGAGUUGCAUCUCAAAUUUUUGCUUUGUUCCCUUGAGCACCUCUGAGAUAGCUGUUGCAGAAGGGAAGGUCUUGUGUUGUGCCAAAAGCAGUGUGCUCUCAGGACAUGCCCAUAGUGAAUGAAUGCAUCGAUAAGGGUCUGCAGGGUCUGUUGCAGCAGUAAGUUUCAGGCAUUCUGUUGCUUUAUAUGCCAAGGCUCUGUGUGAAUGACAGCUCUUCCUUUGCAGUGGGUGGAUCCCACUUACUUGGCUAAGAGCUGUGCCUUUGCUUUUACUUUAGGGAGCAGACAAGCAUCUCCCUCUGCUCCCAGUUCAUAACCCUGAUACCUCUCUGGUAUUAGAAGUUCCUUUCAGUGACUGAAAGACAGAGGGGCCAUUUCUUUCAAAAUGUAUUUCUCAGUACUGGAACUUCCAUGCUUGUGUGGAUAUGGGUCCUUUCAGAAUCAGGUAACACCUAAGUAGAGUUUGCAUGCUGGUGUGUAAUAUUGACACUCCUGGAAGCCGAAUGCCACAGCUGCUCUGGUCUUGUGAAAUAGAGCCUAUAGCAGGCCUCCCUAUGAAGCUUGGAGACUGGAACUUGAGAGCAAAGAACCACAACUACUUUGGCAUUGUGCAAAUAACUUGUUAGCUCAGUGGUUUUUUUAAACAAAGCUUCUUGUUUCUUGUCAACUUCUUGUUGUUAUACCUGUUCCAUAUUUAUCUGUAGUGCAGAAUGUCGUGGCAAUCAUGACAUUCAUUUUUUCAAAGUGAAUCAAAUGAAUAGAAAUUGUUAAAUGCUAGAGUACAAUAUAGCUUAUAAAACCCAACAUCAGGAAAGUUGCACUGAUUGGACUCUUAGAUGCUGUUUUCCUUUUGCUUGGGAAACAGAAUUGUAGUCAGCUUGCAAUCUCCUCGACAUUGUUCAUGGAGGAAGCAGACAAAAAAUACCAAUGGCUGCAAUUUAGUUAAUUUUAUGCUAAACACAAUCAGCAUUCAAUCUGGGAGUUACUGUAUUGAUAGAGAAGCCAAAAUAUUCUCUGUGAGUAAAUGGUGAAAUAUUAAAACAAAAUCUCAAAUAGACUCCUGAAAAGCCUGUAACUGUAGGGCAGAGAAGAUGCGAAGGUGAAGUUUGGCACUGCUGAAGUCAACAGGAGGCCAGUGAGGUCAUGAAUUAAUCCUCGACAUGGGAGGUCAUGAAUCUGUGUGAUAGGAACCAGUGCAGCACUGGUAUGACAUAAGACCUUGUAACAACAAAGACAGAGAUUAA